AUGGCUACAGCUCAAGCAGCACCAACGCGUUCGACGAUAAAUUUGAAGGGAUCAACUAAAAUUGUUACAGAAUUCUUCAGUUAUGCUGUGAACAGUAUAUUAUUCCAAAGAGCUGUAUACCCUCCAGAAGACUUCUCGAUGGUGAAGAAGUAUGGAUUAAACAUGCUAGUAACAAACGAUGACGGAUUGAAAACUUACAUCAGCAAAGUUAUUUCUCAAUUGAGUGAAUGGCUCCUAGGUAAUCAAGUAAGCAAAUUAGUUUUGGCGAUUGUGAGCAAGGAAUCGAGGGAAACGUUAGAGAGAUGGCAAUUUGACAUACAGAACACAGCCUCAGAUGAAAGCAGCCAAAACAGCGAAAAACAAAACAAACCAAAGACAGAAAAAGAAAUCCACAGCGAAAUACAAGCCAUCAUUCGUCAAAUAACAGCAUCAGUCACUUUCCUUCCUAUGAUCGAUGAGCCUUGUGCGUUCAAUAUUCUCAUCUAUACAUCCGAUACCGAAGAAGCAAAGACUAUGCAAGUUUCUGAUUCCUGGGUGGAUGCAGACCCACAUCUCAUCCAAUCAGAUAAAACGGAGCAAGUCAGGUUGCGUUCUUUCGAUACCUCGGUGCACAAGGUGGAAGCUCUUGUUGCGUACAGGGUCGGCGAGGAAGAAGAGUAA